GCGCAGACGCCCCGCCGCGCUGCUUGCGCAUGCUCCGCCGCGGCGGAGGGGGCCGGCUGCCGGUGGCGUUGUGCGGCCGGCGGGGCCCGCUUUGAGGGGCCAUGUCGUGUCGGGCGUCGCGACAGGAAGAGGGGGAGAGCGCGAAGCUGCGGCACAAGGAGGAGCUGAGUCGGAGGAUUAAAGAGCAGAAGGUUGUAGUUGAUGAGCUUUCUAAUUUGAAGAAGAACCGGAAAGUUUACAGGCAGCAACCCAAUAGCAACAUAUUCUUCCUUGUAGACCGAACAGAAACACUGUCUCAAUGCAAAAAUACAUUAGAUGAAUUAAAGAAGGCACAUCAGGAGAUGGAAAAUUCAGAAAAGACCAAAAUCAAGAAAUAGUCCAUCUGAAUUCAGAGUCACAAUGUGUGGUAUUUGUUGUGUUGUUACCUUGUGUAGCCAGCAUGCUAUUCAUGAUUUCUUUAACGAAGGCAUACUCUGCCGACUUAGAAGAAGAGGACCAGACAGUAGCCAACAGUUGAUAAAAGCUGCUUCUGAUCUCUCUUA